AUGCCAGGCUCUUUCCGCCAACCGUCCGUCGUCGUGGAAAAGUUGUGCAAGGGCACCGUCGCCCACGCGGCCGUCGGCGGCAGCUUCCUCUACGUCUCGUCGUACUGCGGCAAACUGACGACGCUCGACGUGAGCCCUCUCCACUCAUGGCGCGCCGGUGGCGGAAAUGCGGCGCCGGUCCGUCUCAAGACGGUCUCGUCAACCAAUGCAGGCGGCAACCCGUCGUUCCUGACCAUCGACAAGGCCAGGUCGACGCUGUUUUGCCUUGACGAGGGCCUCGAGUCGCUGACCGGCGCGCUGGCCUCUUUCAAGAUGAAGCCCGACGGGUCACUGGCCCUGCUCGACAAGAAGCCUACGCCCAAGAGACCCGUCUUCGGAGCCUUGUACAACCAUGGCAAGUGUCUUGGCGUUGCUCACUACGGCGACGAGGCCAUGACGACGUGGAACGUGUGGGAUCCCCACAACAUGUCGGUGAUGCAGACGGAAAAGUACAAGCCCGGCACGACGGGCUCUGGCGUGGCCCCGCAGGACGCGCCGAGGCCUCACCAGGUUCUGUUUGACCCGACGGGCCAGUUCGCCGUCGUUCCGGACCUGGGCAGCGACCAGGUGCGCAUCUACAGGGUCCCGGGCGGCGGCAAGCCCAAGCUGAGGCGGUCGGGCGUGGCCCGGGUCGAGACGGGGAGCGGCCCGCGGCACGCUGCCUUUGCCGUCGCGCGGGGCAAGACGUACAUGUACCUCCUGACGGAGCUGUCGAACCAGAUUAUCGGAUUCAAGGUGCACUAUCGCUUCGGCCUCAUGAAUUUACAAAAGAUGUUCACCACUGGCAUUCAUGGCAAGAGGCCGACGCCCGAGGGGGCCUUUGCCUCGGAGAUUGCCGUCACGCCGGACAAUAAGUCCGUGAUUGUGUCGUCGCGCAACGAAAACAGCGUCGAGAUGGCCAGGGCGGACGGCAUCAAGGUCCAGGCGGAUCCGCUCAUCCACUUCUCCAUCAACAGCGGCAACGGCCAUCUGACGGUUGGGGAAGAGGUGUCUUGCGGCGGCAGCGGCCCGCGGCAGUUUUGCAUCAACAAGGCUGGGACGCUGCUGGCCGUGGCGCUGCAAACGGAGGGACGGGUGGCGGUGAUGGGGCGGGACCUUGACGCGGCCGGGCUGGCGUUGACGCCGGUGGGGAUUGCCGACGUCGGGGGAGAGGUGACGUCGGUCGUCUUUGACGAGUGA